AUGAAUGGGCUGGAAUCACACACACACGGUGACGCGCGCACAGCGGAGCAGCUGCCCACGCCCGCGUCGACGCCCGAACCUGGCCAUGUGGCAUCAGCGGACGGCCCGCGCAACACCUACACCAAGACCGAGACGCCGCUGCAAGAUGUCACCAAUCUUCGCAGCCCCGCGCUGGACGGCGCUCCGAGUAGCAGGCGCACUAGCAUGCACGAGGACGCCGUCCUGUCGGACACAAGCGAGAAGAUACGGCCCAUCAAGCGCCCCGGCGACGUGCGCAGGACGAGCAGCGUGUCGGAGCAUGUCCGGGUCCUCAAGCUCACCCCGAGCCAGAUGUUGGAGCUGACGAGCGAGCCGGCCAACAUCCCGAUCCGCGCUGCGACGCCCAUCCUCGAAGACGCCCUCGAGAGCGAGCCCGGCGAUGACCACCGCGUGCUUGGCGUCGUCCUGGAGAGGCCCAUCCAGCGCAAGGACGAGCGGUCGGCGAGCGGCGGGAAGCAGCCGCGGAGCUCGCGCAGUCCCCAGCCGCGGCAGGAGAAGGAGAAGGAGAUUGUCGUGCUGAAGACGCCGGCCGCAGAGCUGAGGCAUGGCCGGCCGGGCCUGAACUCGCGGUCAGUCACCACGCCCGUCAUCCGCAGGACGGACUCGAGAACCCGAUCACGCACCCAGACGGCACAGACCCACGAGAGAGACGGCGGAGGGGAGCGCCGGACGGAGAAGCUGGCGCCCUCGCCGCUGCUGGAAUCCGCUCCAGCAUUGCCCCUGCCGCCCAUGUCCAUGCCGACCUUCUUGUCCCUGGAGCUGUCCGCCAGUCGGCCGUCUCCGCUGUACAUCUACCGCCCGUCGACCGAUGACUUCCCUUAUGAGUCGUCCGCCAUCAAGUACGAGCGCCUGCUCAACUUUCUGCAGAUACCCUUCCAGGUCGAGGGCGUGCUAGCCUUUGGCGCUCUUGCCUGUCUGGACGCCUGGAUGCAUGUCAUGACCAUCCUGCCCCUGCGCUUCCUGCUUGCUGCCGGGGUGCUGAUCAAGUGGUGGGGCUCUGUCAUCGUCAAGGAGUUCCGUCAUCUCUCUGCAUACGUCUACAGCGGUCUGCCGCGAGUGUGGCAGAGGCGUAGAAAUCCUCUCGACACACCAACGCCCGCUGCAACGCCAGCGGACGAACACCCACCAUCGCUGUCACGGAAGCCCUCAGCGAAUGUCUCGCAGACUGUUCACCCAGCUGCUGCACGGCAGAACGGCGAGACGGUGACCACAUUCAAGUUUCCGGAGCUGAAGGAACCGAAGCCUAAGAGGAGUCGGAACUCACGCUUCCGACAUCGCCGGACCAAGUCCACACCAUCUCUGCUCCUGCCAAACCACAAGGCAGAUAUCCUCAAAGGUCUGCUAGUGGUCGCCAGCUGCUUCGUUCUGAUGCGCUUCGAUGCGAGCCGCAUGUACCACGGUAUCCGCGGCCAGUCUGCCAUCAAGCUCUACGUCAUCUACAACCUUCUCGAAGUCUGCGACCGCCUACUGUCAGCCCUCGGGCAGGACAUUCUAGAGUGCCUCUUCUCCCGCGAGACGCUUGAUCGCAGCCCUGACGGCCGCAGCAAGGUCAUCCGUCCGUUCUGGAUGUUCUUGCUCGCGCUCGUGUACACCGUCGUGCAUGCUACAGCGCUCUUCUACCAGGUCAUCACGCUCAACGUCGCCGUCAACUCGUACUCGAAUGCGCUUUUGACCCUGCUCAUGUCCAACCAGUUCGUUGAGAUCAAGGGCACCGUGUUCAAGAAGUUUGAGAAAGAGUCGCUCUUCCAAAUCACCUGUGCCGACGUCGUCGAGCGCUUCCAGCUCUGGCUCAUGCUACUUAUCAUUGCCAUGCGCAACAUGGUCGAGGUCGGCGGCCUCAGUAUCCAGAACAGCGCUACUUCCUGGACUGCCAUGUUCACCGGCGGUGCGACCAACACCACCACCGCCUCCUUCGCCGCCUCAAGCAUCAUCCCCAUGAGCUUCACCAUUUUCCCCAAAUACAUUGCGCAAGUCCUGAACCCCUUCCUGCUCGUCCUCGGCUCCGAGAUGGCAGUCGACUGGCUCAAGCACGCAUACAUUACCAAAUUCAACCAGACCAAACCCCAGGUCUAUGGAAAGUUCUUCGACGUCCUAGCGAAAGACUACUACUCCAACGCCUUCCAAGACCCAAAUCUGACGCGUCGCCUGGGUCUACCAGUCAUUCCGCUCUCCUGCCUCUUCAUCCGCGCCGCUAUCCAGACCUACCACAUGUUCGUCGCCACCUACAUGCCGCCGCCCAUGCCUUCCUUCUCCACGAGCCUGACGUCCGAGCGCACGAGCUCGCCUACCACAACCGCAGCACUCGCGCACAUCGACCACGUCUUCCGCCGCGCACUCGGCCGCUCCACGUUCGGCGCCGGCUCCACAUCCCCAUGGGCCCCCUUUUCCGCCUGGACCCUCGACGACUCGAUCGCUGCCAGCACCAUGCUGCUCGUCUUCCUCAUCAUCUACCUCCUCUUGCUCGCCCUCAAGCUGCUGCUGGGCAUGUUCCUGCUGAGCGUGGCGCGCCGGCGGUGCCACGGCAUGAAAGAGCGGGAGCUGGCGAGCGUCGAGACGGGCGGGAAGCGCAUAGGCGGCUGGGGCGUGGUGGAUGUCGACGAGGAGAAGAGGCGGUACAUUCACCACGAUGAUGCGGAGGGGUUGCGGGCGCUGAGAGAGCGGGACGAGAAGGCGCGCAGGAAGGACGAGGUGGAGCGCGAGAGAGGCACAAGCUUCGGGCAUGUGAGUCGCUACGCCAUGGUUGCGAAGCGCAUUUGGUAG